UCUGCUCUGAAACGCUCCUCUCUGGUGCAGCAGUCUAGCUAUGGUGUAUGCCCAGUCAUCAAACACAGUUGGUGUCAAUCCCUCCUUUUAUUCUCCAUCUUUCACAUAUCAGAUGUCAUUUAACUACUCUGAGAGGGAAAACUCGACUGUCCUGGCAACCUUACCCACCACUCCCCUUUGCAGCCUCGAGGGCUCAUCUUCCAGCCAGCCGAACAGGACCUCUGCCUCGUACGAGCUGACUUCAGGCGAGGUCGCCGUCCUGGGCUUGGUGUUCGGGGUGCUCUGGCUGGUCUCCAUCCUGGGAAAUGCCCUCGUCUGCCUGGUCAUCCAUCGGAGCCGACGGACUCAGUCCACCACCAACUACUUUGUGGUGUCAAUGGCGUGUGCAGACCUGCUCAUGAGCCUGGGUUGCGCCCCCUUCAUCCUCCUGCAGGUCGCCUCAGGACGAUGGCCGCUGAGCGCCCCUGCCUGCAAGGCUGUGCGCUACCUGCAGCACCUCUGCCCGGGUGUGCAGGUCUAUGUCCUGCUUUCUAUCUCUGUAGACCGCUUCUAUACAAUCGUCUACCCCCUCAGCUUCAAGGUGUCGAGAGAGAAGGCGAAGAAGAUGAUCCUGGCCUCAUGGCUGUUUGAUGCAGCCUUCGUGACGCCCUGCCUCUUCUUCUAUGGAUCCGCAUCUACAGACAUCAGCCAUUGUGACUUUUUCCUUCCGGACAGCUGGGGCAGUAUAGCCUACGCCGCGGUUCACCUCCUGUUUGGUUUUGUGGUCCCAGUGGCGCUGAUCGUGUCAUUCUACCAGCGGGUGGUCCGCUACAUCUGGAGGAUCAGUGCUGAUGGACACACGGUGCGCCGGACAAUGAAUAUCGUCCCACGGACUAAGGUCAAGACCAUCAAGAUGUUCCUCAUGCUCAAUUCAGUUUUCUUCCUCACCUGGACGCCCUUCUACAUCUCCCAGCUGUGGCACCCGAGGGAGUCUGAUGGACCCGGUAGGCAGGGGCUGCUGUUCUUCACAGCCAUCGCCUGGGUCUCCUUCAGCUCCGCUGCGUCCAAGCCAACCCUGUACUCUGUCUUCAAUGCAAACUUCAGAAGGGGCAUGAGGGAGACCUUCUGCAUGUCAUCCAUGAAAUGCUACCGCAGUAACGCGUACACCAUCACGGCAAGUUCCCGGAUGGCUAAAAAGAACUAUAUUGGCGUGGUGGACAUCCCAGUGCAAGCAAAGACGGCCCCCGAUACAUUUGACCGAGAUGUAAAGGAAAAGAAAGUAGCCUGGCCCACUAAUGCCAACCCUCCGAAUACUUUUGUCUAA